AUGUUAAAUUUAUUACGAAAACGUUUAACAUUUAUAACAAGUGGAUCACGUCGUAUAUUUGGAAUAAUUGGAGAACCAAGUGUAUGUUUUGUAUGUGAUUGUAAAACAACGGAUCAUCGAAUAUUAAAUCAAGUUCAAUUGGCGUUAAUAACUUUGUUUAAAGAACAAGUUACAAAAAUUAAACGAUUUAAUAUUAUUUGGGUUUCAAAUGAUAAUGAACAAUUUCAACAACUACCGAUUGAUGUUACAACAACAACAGUUGAUCAAGCUAUUGAUUGGAUAUCUAAUCGAAAAUGUACUCGAAGUAAAAUAUCAAUAAGUGCAACAUGUGAAGCUAUGCUUAAAGCAUUUAGUAAUGCUGUUCAUAGUAUUUAUUUCAUAAGUGAAGGUAAUUCAUCUGAUUUAGCACGUGAAAUGUUACGAGAUAAUAUUGUUAAAACACGUCUUUCAUCAAAUGCGCCUAUACCUAUACAUGUUGUUUCAUUAUUUUGUCAUAAUAACGAUACAGAAACAUUUCUUCAAUCUAUUGCUCAAACUGCUGAUGGCAGUUAUAUGUCAUAUAAAAUUAACAAUGAAAUAAUUGAUUUAAAAGUGCCAUCAAAUUUAAAUGAUCCAACACGAAUUAAAUUACAAGAUAAUAAAUUACAAUUUGGUAUAAAUGCAUUAAUACCUAAAACUGAACACCCAAAUGAUACGUCAUUAAUGUAUAAAGAAAUACUUCAAUGUCAAAAUAUAAUUGAUCGCUUAGAAAAAAUUCUUGGAUUUGUACGAGAUGAAAACGUGAAUCCAAUACAAAAAAUUGACACAACAAAAUCAUUAGAUUCACUUACUUUGUCUAACAAAAUAAAUAAAAAUGAAAAUAAUUUACAACGAAGUCUUGUUAUACAAUCAUCAGCAUUAUUUAAUAAUGAUGAAAAAGAUAUGGCAUCAAUAGAUUGGUUAAAAAUUUAUGGAAUAGAUGCACAAAAGUUAGAUUUCUUUUCUGUUCUUCAAUCAGCUGCUUUACGACAUUGCGAUGGAGUUGUUACUUUAUUAAAAUCACCAGAUGGUGUUAAUAGAAAAAAUGAUUAUACUCCAGCUAUCUCCAAAGACAAAUUAAUCAAUGCAAAAUAUUGUGAUCAAUUUGCUCAUGUUACUUGGCCAGAUGGAACAAUUCGACAUGUAUAUGUUACAUCAGAAUUUCAUCGCGAUUAUGAAAGACGAAUGAGAGCUUUACUUGAAAAAACUAAAGCACGAUUACAAUGGUUAAAAAAAGGAAGUCGUGAUGUUUUCGGUACAAUAAUAGAAAACAAUAUAUAUGUUCUAAUUGAUACAUCAAAAAGCAUGCAAAAUCAUUUGACUUUUCUCAAAGAAAAACUUCGUUUAUUAGUCCAAGAUCAACUAUUUGGUAAAGAACGUAUUAAUAUGGUAUCAUUUAAUACAACAAUUUAUCCUUGGCGUGAUCGUUUAACAAAAGUAAAUGAUUCAAUAACACAUUCUCAACUUCAACCAUGGAUUGAUGGACUACAUGCUGAAGGAUCAACAAAUACAUUAGCUGCAAUUCGUUAUGCACUUGCUGAUUCUGGUACUGAAGCUAUUUAUUUAUUAACUGAUGGACGACCUGAUCAAAAUGAACGACAUAUUCUUUCACAAGUUGAAUAUCGUCAAGCACUUCCAAUUCAUACAAUAGCUUUUAAUUGUAACGAUCAAACAGCAAAUCAAUUUUUAUUUGAUUUAGCUAAACAAACAGGUGGACGUUUUCAUGCAUUUAAUUAUGGUUUUGAAAAUGAAUCAUCAAUUGAAAUACCUGAAAGUGAAGAUAUUAGUUAUCUUAAACAAGAAUUAGCUCAUGGUGAAAAAGAUUUACAACGUGUAGCUGAUUUACGUGAUGAAUGUAUGAGUCGUACAUGGUCACGUGAUAAUGCGCAAACAACAUAUCAAAGUUUACAAGUGAAUGAACUUUCAGUUUCACUACCAUUUCGAAAUUAUCAAACAGUUGAUAUGACAUUUCAAUCGGGUAGUCCAACACGAUUAUUCGAACAAACAAAUGCAAAUAAUUUAAAUUAUAGCCAAUGGCUUUUACCAGAAACAGAAGAAUAUUUAAGAAACAGUGAUAAAAAAAGACAAAAUACAUCAUUUGUAGAAAAUGAAGAAGAACAACAACAAGUUGUCUUAAUACAAUCAACAAAAAAACUUUCAGCACCACUUGACGAAGUAAAAUCAUAUUUAAAAAGAAAUAGUUUAGUUUCAAAACAUUUAACUAUAUUUGAUGUACUUCAUCCAAUGUCAGUAACAGUAAAACAGCCACAUCAUGUUCAAGUUAUUGAUCGUUAUGUACUUGCUAAAGUUUGGGAUGAUAUUUUACCAUUAACAUAUGCAUCAUAUGUUAAUAAAUUCCGAUUAGUUAAUCAUUAUGCUGUUAAUUUAGAACAAUACGAAAGCAACCUUAGAGACUUAAUUAGUGAUUAUUAUCAAUUUACUUCGACAUUUAUUUGGAAAUGUUUAGAUGAUGAAAAUAAACAAAGACUUGGUCCACAUAUUUAUUGGGUUAGUUUAUCAAAAGAAGAUCAAUAUAAAAAUGCUCAAGAAAUAACUAAAGAAGAACAUAAAAAUGAGGGCGCAUUGGAAUUAUUUGCAUGGCGAAAAUUAACUAAGAAAGAACAAAAUAAUCUAUUAGAAAAGCCUGCUACUUAUAAUGAAAAAACUCAAGAUCUACUAAAAAAUGCUUUACAGGAGGCUGCAGCUGAAUCAGCUUUACAAGGAGUCAUGCGUAUGGAUGUUGAAAUAAAACGUGCUAUAAAAUUUUUACAAAUUUCAACUGAUUUACGUCAAUAUCAAAAACGAACUGAUACUGAACCAAAACAAAAAGUUGAACAAAAACAAAUUGUAAAACGAAAAUCAUCAAUGAAUCGAAGUAUCGGUCAACGAGUUAUGUGUCGUUAUGAUGGCGAUGGUUAUUUCUAUACGGGCACAAUACAAAAAAAUCAAGAUGGUAGAACAAUUGUUCUAUUUGAUAUGGAUAUUGAACAAGAAACAAGUGGACAUACUCUCUUACCCAUAAACAAUUCAAAUAGUCAACUUAGUUUAUUUGUACAUGAUUAUGUACUUGUUCGUCAAAUCAAAGAAACGGAAGAAUAUUGGGCACCAGGUUUAGUUUUGUGCCUUCCAUCACUAUAUGUUUUACCAUCUAAUUUAUAUAUGAUACAAAUAUAUGAUCCAAGUUCAAAACAAGUAGGAAUUCAGAGAUGA